UACAUGCUCCAACGGAAGUCGAGUCUCGAAGGCCACCAUCGUGUUUGGCGAUUAGCUCUGGGGGCUUGUGACUGUCACCGCACGUGAACCACGCACGACCGUUGUGGGUUUAAGGCGACUUUUCUAGGUGGGGUUAGCCUUUGAACUACACAGCGCUCUGACGUGAAAGUUGGUGUGCAAGUUGGUGAGCGAGACUUUCACGCGAGGAGGUUAUGCACGUUGCUCCACGGAUCGAGGAGAAAAACGUCCGUGUUUCGCCUUUUAGAGAAGGGAAGAUGAGGUUGAUAGGACAUUCAUCUCACCUGUGAUUUGUUCCCCCUGUGUCAGACAUCCAAUACAGACACAGCAUGGAAGCCAGAGCCGUUUGUUUUCGUCCAGUUAGCAUUCGUAUAGAAGCGAUAGGAUCGAUUAGUUUGCGACAUAGAUCUGCUUCUGUGAGGGGGGUUUCCUGGGUUCGAAGCUCGACGCCGUUCUCUCUUCGUCACGACAGAUUCCGAGAAGCACGAAAGCCUUUUACCAGGGUGUUCGCCUCCUCUCCUACUCCUCCCGAUUUUCCGGCGCGAUCUUCAAGCGGGGAUAUCAGGAGUAGCAACGGCGGCAAAACGCGAGGUGAAAGCAAUCGAGGGGAUAACGGCGAUGACCCCACGAAAAGUUCUCCACAGGAUGAUCUGAAACCACGUGGUCCCCUGACACCCCCUCCUGUCAGUCCAUCUCCAUCUGUCAACUCAUCCACUUCCUCCAACCCACCAUCACCAUCCUCUGUCGGCUUCUCUGGCACCACAUCGUCAAAUAACUCCACCUUUUCGAACCCCUCUGGCAAGCCUCAGCCUCAGCCUCCCAAACAGAGUCAGGUACCGCGACCGGGUAGUAGCGGUCCGGGCCAAGGCGACUAUAAGGGCACUAAUCAGUUCAAAGCGGUAGAGGAUAUUAGUGUUCGGGAGUAUAACCGAUCGUCCAAUGGAGGGGCAGCUAACUUCCCUGUAGCCGUUGUAGGUUCUGCAAUCCCUCCCUCGAGACCGUUUUCCAACCCACCCCCGUUUCGGCCUCCUCCUAGUCCAGUAGCUGGAAUAGACAUGCAGCUCAGGCAGCAGCAAGAGCAAGGGCAACGACCGAAACCAGCACUAGACUCGGAGUGGAUCAACUUCAUGUCGCCUGACUGGUAUCCAGUCAAGCCGAUCUGGCAGGGUACUGAGCAGUGCGUUCUGGAGCAAAGGGACUUGCUUCUCUCCCUUCCUCAUUUAUGGAGAAUGAUGCUACUCAGUGAUGGCUCCGUUACCCGCCAUCUGGAGCUCUUGCUAGGGGAGCAAAUCAACAUAGACUGUGUGGAGAUGCGAGGGAUUGGCCAUGCCCUUCUGGGUUUGCCUCCUGGCACAGCGCUGGUGCCAGGACCUCGAGUUCAGAGACAGGUUCACUUGAAGCCUCGUUCUGGUGAGGUGCUGGUAUACGCUGCUUCCUGGUGGGCGGCAGAGGAGGUGAAGGCAGCACUACCAGCGGUGCAACAGCCAGUCUGGAAGUCCCUGCAGCAGCAAAGAACAGAACUCUUUCGCUCCAUUGAACGGCUCUAUUAUGGGUCCUCUCCUCACUUAGAAAGAAUAUUUGGAGUACCAGGGCCCUUCUGGGCUAGACACUAUUUCUUCUAUAGUCAUGGACGUCCGCUCACCCUUAUCUACGAAGCCUUUUCUCCUCGCCUGGAUGUUAUUUUAGGUGACAGUCGCUCACCCAACAUUCCUCCUCAUCCGUAGCCUAGUGCAGUGCUUUAGUUGCUCCGUGUUACGGUGUGUAGGAUGGAAUAUUGGAAUUGCACCUUUCCAUCACAAUUAUCGUAGGUGUUUUCUGGCUGCAAACCUGUUUUACGAGAAGGUUCAGAGUUACUGUAAUACAA